AUGUCGCAUACAAUAUUGUUGAUACAAUCGACGACGAAACCGAAGUCUCGUUGUUGGAUCGAUUACGAAACUUUGGAUGAGUGUUUUCAAGAUAUACGUAAGAUGUACGAAGAUCAAGUGAAAGAGAGUGUAAAAUUGGCGAUGUUAUCAUCGGAGAUGAAUGAGGAUAUCGGUUACGAUAUCAGUGCCGUAUUGCAGUUUAUCGAUCGCUUAUCAGACCUAUCAGUUCUGGCUGCGGGAAGGUACCAUAUUGCCUGA